CACACACUCUCACAGCAGCUUACACACACUCAAACCAGCACUCAACUUCCAGAAAGGUCCUGUACAAUCAGUCCUUCAGCAGGCUGCAGUCGAGAGGUUCUCUCACAACCGAGCCAGUGACUCACCCCCUCUGCACCUCUUGCUGAGCCAUUAUUGCCAUGGAAACCCCGAGCCAGAAACGCACCAGCCGUGGUCACACCACCACCCUCUCGCCGGCCCGCAUCACCAGGCUGCAGGAGAAGGAGGACCUGUGCAACCUCAAUGACCGCCUGGCGGUGUACAUCGACAAGGUGCGUUCGCUGGAGGCAGAGAAUGCCGGGCUGCGGCUGCGCAUCACUGAGUCCGAGUCCUCAGUCACCCGCGACCUGUCGGGCAUGAAGACAGCCUAUGAGACAGAGCUGGCCGACGCCCGCAAGACCCUGGACCAGGUUGCCAAGGAGCGAGCACGUCUGCAGCUGGAUCUGGGCAAGAUCAGGGAGGAGCACAAGGAGCUUAAAGCCAGGAACAGCAAGAAGGAGUCUGACCUGGAGGCGGCUCUGGCCAGACUGAGGGACCUGGAGGCGCUGCUCAACUCUAAAGAUGCUUCCCUCACCACUGCCUUGGGGGAGAAGCGGGCCCUGGAGGCUGAGGUGAAGGACCUCAAGGCCCAGUUGGCCAAGUUGGACGGCAACUUGGCCGAUGCCAAGAAGCAGCUGCAGGAUGAGAUGCUGAGGAGAGUGGACGCCGAGAACCGCCUGCAGACCCUGAAGGAGGAGCUGGAGUUCCAGAAGAACAUCUACAACGAGGAGCUUCGUGAGUCCAAGCGUCGGUAUGAGUCUCGCAUGGUGGAGAUCGACAGCGGGCGGCAGCAGGAGUUUGAGAGCAAGCUGGCCGAGGCCCUCUCCGAGCUGAGGGCCCAGCACGAGGCUCAGGUCCAAAUCUACAAGGAGGAGCUCGAGAAGACCUACCAGUCCAAGCUGGAGAACGCCCGUCAUUCAGCUGACAGGAACAGCCACUUGGUGGGAGCCGCCCAUGAAGAGCUGCAGCAGACCCGUAUUCGAAUGGAGGGCAUGUCAGGCCAGCUCAGCCAGCUGCAGAGACAGCUGUCAUCCAGCGAGGCCAAGGUGCGGGAGCUGGAGGAGGCUCUGGCGCGAGAACGGGACCUGAUGAGGCGGCGGCUGGAGGAUAAAGAGCGGGAGAUGGCUGAAAUCCGAGCCCGGAUGCAGCAGCAGCUGGACGAUUACCAGGAGCUGCUGGACAUCAAACUGGCCCUGGACAUGGAGAUUAAUGCUUACAGGAAGCUGCUGGAGGGAGAGGAGGAGAGGCUGCGUCUGUCACCCAGCCCUCCGCCCACCAAGGUCACCGUCACGCGGACCUCGGGCUCGGGCCACGGCCACACCAGCCGCCUGCUCCACUCCUCGACCACCGCUUCCAGCAGCCGCAACUCCUCCGGCACGGCCAGCACCAAGAAGCGCCGCCUCAAUGACAACGACAGCGAGACCUCCAGCAUGGUGGGCGGCACCGUGACCAAGACUCGCAUUAGUCAGCACGCCUCAGCCAGCGGCCGCAUCACUGUGGACGAGGUGGACCUGGAGGGCAAGUUCAUCCGUCUCAGCAACAAGGCCGACGAGGAUCAACCACUGGGCAACUGGCAGGUGAAGAGGCAAGUCGGGACCUCCACCCCCAUCGUCUACAAGUUUCCCCCGAAGUUCACCCUGAAGGCCGGAGGAGCCGUGACUGUCUGGGCUGCAUCUGGCGGUGGAACCCACAACCCUCCCACUGAUCUGUUGUGGAAGACCCAGAACUCCUGGGGCACCGGCGACCUCCUGCAGACCACCCUUAUCAGCGCCAACGGAGAGGAAAUGGCCAUGAGGAAAGUGACACGCACCCUCUUCCGUGAUGAUGAAGAUGAUGACAUGGGAGCUCACAGCACGAGCGGUGCGGAGAACGAGUACAACCUGCGGAGCCGCACAGUGAUCUGCGACUCCUGCGGGCAGUCGUCGGACCGCGGCUCAGGUGUUUGCAGCAGCGGGGGUCUACCUGAAGGCCUCGUGGGACAUUCCUUCUUCAUGGGGACCAACGAGCCCCGACAGGGUCGUGCCAAGCCCGAGAACUGCUCCAUCAUGUAAAAACCAAACAGCACCUCACCUGAAGCCACCACCUCCUGCAGCCCACACAGGAGAAUCAUUUUCUACCAUUGGGUCGUUUGUCUUUAUUUUUUUAUAUGAUCUUUGUCUUAUUUUGUACUCAGAUUAAUCUGCAGGUUAGAUUUGCUUCCAGGUUUUGGCAAAGGGCACACGAUUUUCAUAUUCAGCUUUUGAGUUUGUAUGUUUAUGUUAUCUUAUUGCAUGUGUGCCGUGCCUGCUCUGCUUGCACACUCACAUUUAUACACACACACACACACACACACACACACACACACACACACACACACCCACAGAGCUCCAUUGACCAGUGCUUGUGUGUCGAUCCAAGCUGGGGUUUCACAUUUAAUGGCCAGGCUGUCAACACUCAACACGCACAGCUAGUGAACCCUGUCAGGAAUAAGUCUCUGCAGCCAUACAGACGACAGGAAAAUAAAUCCUGUGGGGUUUGUUAAUCAUGUUUAUCUCUCAUCAAAUCCAGCAAAUCUUUAUUUAAAGAUGUUUACAGUUUGAAUUUAUUUGCCUUGUUUUUUUUUUGCUGUCUUUAUAUGACAGGGAGGUUAGGGCUCUUUGUUGAAAAUUGUCCAAAGAAAGCCAAAGUACUGUAAACUCAGGGUGUACAGCAGGGUUUUUUCACCUUAGCCUUAAACAAACACGAUGUAGUACAUUUUCCAUGUGGAUUUAGAUCAUACGGUUGGGCAGCUGUGGUGCACACAGAGAAAAUAAUUGUUAGAGAUGAAUAUAUUUUUUUCUUCAAUUCACAGCGUAGCCCCAGAGAAAUGUGUCUAGUGAUAUUUUUUGAAAGUCUGAAAAGGAAUUACUUUUUGCUGGAAAAGUUGAAUGUACCCGCUUGAGAGUGUCUCGGCUAGAUGAACAUUGAAAUGUGUUGCCUUAUUAUUUUUUAAGUAAUUCCAAAGGUGUUUUGUCAUGAUGAUAGAACAUUGUAGAAUUUGUUGUCUACUUGGGGAAAUAUCAGGAGUGGGUACUACAUUCUUUACAUAUAAAUUUGGUGCCAUAUUUACAGUAUAUAUUUGUAAGAAUUCUCUGCUUAUUCAAACCGAUCAACACUGCUCUAAUGCAGAGCUGUUGCUUCCUUUUAGAGAGUGCAACAGUAGUUUUUGGAAACAUUUUAACAAGCUUUUACUUUUUUUUUUUUACAGAUUAAAAAUACAAUUGUGCCUUCAGAGAACAGAAAAAAGCAUCAACAAUCACUGUUCUUUGCUCACAUGCCUUGUAUUGCAGUCUUGUGACUGUCAGCCGUCCUCUGGUUUGUGUGGCUCCUAAAAACUGGUCAUAAGGGCUUUUUUUCCUUUUCCUCUAAGCUUACUGACUUUUCAAAUCCCCAGGCAUGAUUUUGGGGAUCUGAGUAAGACUGUAGGGUUUGUAUACUUUGUGACUUUGGCUUUAUGCACUGCUUUUUUUGAGGGCCUUGCCAAUUAUGCACAGCAGCUAGAUUUGUACUGUAGUCUGGCAGCUUAAGUCAUUUAUCCUCCAGAGAAAAGCAUAUCAAAGCAUUUACGGAAAAUACUUGAUAGCUGUUUUUUGUUGUUCUGCCAUAUUAGAUUCCUCUUUUUUUCCUUUGCCUUAAGUAGAUGUCUGAUUUUGACAUUAUGACCCCCCACAGUGCCUUAAAGGUCCAUGACAAUCGUUAAGAGAGCUUCAAAGAUGUUUAGUAUUUGGCCUUCGUGUCACAGAUUCACAGUUAACACGCAGUAUUUGUCUCAUAUGUACUGUACGUGUAAAUUUAUGAGACAUGAUUACUGUAUGUAGUUGUGUAGUAUGUGCUCUACUGUUAACUUUGUAUGCAAUGUUAGUUCACAUGAAUGAAGACCCAGGACACUUUGAAACUCAGAUGUGUUGUAUGUUGCUAAAACACUUAGAAGGACCUGAGGAUGUCAGCAAAGGGAUUUCUUGUUGCAAGUCUUGAAUGCCAAAGUUGUAUUAAGCUCAAGGUGGGAUUCGUGUCAGAUCAUAAUGAUGCUACAUUAUGGACAUUACAUUCAGAUGUAUUGAAUGUCUUUUUUUUCUCUUG